CUUCCGUCGGCUCCGCUGGGGCGCCCGAGAUAGCAAGCCGUGCUAAUAGAACUUCCCAAGUCCUUAUAAAGGAGCUGACGCCUCAGUUUACCAUGGACAUUAACAGCGAGGAUCCAGACAAGUGCCGAAGCAUGGGAAUCCUAUUCUGAGUGAAGCAUUUGUCCAAAGGUUUCCCAAUGAGUGGAUCAUGAUGGCCGUAAUUUAGGGAUUUGCCAUAGUAUGGCUGCUUCUCGAUCUACUCGCGUCACCAGAUCAACAGUGGGGUUAAACGGCUUGGAUGAGACUUUUUGUGGUAGAACUUUAAGGAAUCGUAGCAUUGCUCACCCUGAAGAAGGAUCUCCCCAUUGUCAAGUGCGUGCAAGAUCGCCAAAGAAGAGACCGGAGCUCGUGCAGACUCUGAAGGGCAGCGGCGGCGGCGGCGGGCGGAGCGCCGACCCACGGCAGCCAGGCGCUCGGGAGCUCUGGGUCAGCCCGAGGAAAAGAGGGCUCUCCUCCUCCGAAAAGGACAAUGCCGAGCGGCUCGCCCUGGACGGCUGCGACAGGAGGCCGCCCGAAGCGGCUUCCCCCAUCCUAAAGCGGCUCAAGCGCUGCCUGCGCUCGGAGGCCCCGAGCAGCUCCGAGGAAGAGUCCCCCCCCAAAGGCGACAAGGAGGGGUCUCCAGAGCGAGCGCGCUCCGCGGUGGACAAUGGUGCCGAUGCCCAGGGGGCUAAGCGAGCUUGUCGAUGCCUUCUACUGGAUGAUUGUGAGAAAAGGGAAAUUAAAAAGGCAAACUCCAGCGGGGAAGGGUCCCCGGAGGCGGCCGGCUACGAGGCUCUGAACGGGCUGGAUGACAGGGACUCUGCUCUUCUCCACUGUGAUGACUGUCAGCUUCUUGACGGGAGCCCCAGACAGAGCCUUCCCGCCUCCCGGGUGCUGCAGGAACAGCCCGUGGCCGAAAAUGGGGAUCGCGGUGCCCCUUCCUCCCGCCUGCCAGAGAGCAGGAAAGAGGAGAGUGUCGUAGACCAGAAUGUGCCUUGCACAGAGUCACCAGGGCAGGCCGAGCCGGAGGAGCGCAGCCUAGGAGCUGCCCGCCCGCGCGAGGAGCCGGCCGGUGAGCUCGCUGCCGAGCCAGCCCCGCUUCCCCUCCCGGAAAGCCAGCCUUCUUUAAGGGACUCUGAGGAAGAGGUCGAUGUGGUAGGAGAGUGUGCCUCCAGGGAGCAGCCGGCGCAUGAGAACCCCAACGGUGCUGCCGGGGCCGGCCGUGCCAGGGCUCCUGUGUCAGGAGAGCCCGCGCCUGCUCCUGCCCCGGACUGUGUUUCCGCCGCCCCGAGCUCUCUGUCCGAACCCCAAGAGCACCGCUACACCCUGAGGACGUCCCCGCGGAGGGCUGCCCCGAGCAAAGGCAGCCCCACCAAAAAUAACUCUCCUUGCAGAGAAAAUGGACAGAUGGACGAGGACCAGCCCAGCCCAGCGGAAACGCGCAUCCCCCUUAGCGCUCAUGUCAACGGCUCUCCCACGGACUCCGAGGACGCUGUCCUGACCGGCAAGGGGAUGAGCCGGGACCCGGGAUCGCCCCCCUCGGAGGCCAGGCUCCCUCCCGGGUACGGGGCCCCUGCCAAAGAGAGCGCGGCCCUGCGAGCGCCAGAGGACGACGAGGAGGAGCCUGACGUGUAUUACUUUGAGUCAGACCAUGUGGCAUUGAAACACAACAAAGAUUAUCAGAGACUGUUACAGACGAUCGCCGUGCUCGAGGCCCAGCGCACUCAAGCGGUCCAAGACCUUGAAAGUUUAGGCAGACACCAGAGAGAAGCCCUGAAAAACCCCAUUGGAUUUGUGGAAAAACUCCAGAAGAAGACUGAUAUAGGGCUUCCAUUUCCACAGAGAGUUGUCCAGUUACCGGAGAUCGCGUGGGACCAAUACACCAACAGCCUCGGGAACUUCGAGAGGGAGUUUAAGAACCGCAAGCGCAAUACGAGGAGGGUGAAGUUGGUUUUCGAUAAAGUGGGUUUACCUGCCAGACCAAAAAGUCCUUUGGAUCCAAAGAAGGACGGGGAGACAUUUUCCUAUUCGGUGUUGCCUUUAAGCGAUGGUCCAGAAGGUUCAAACAGCCGUCCCCAGAUGAUAAGAGGACGCCUCUGCGACGAGACCAAACCGGAGACGUUUAACCAGCUCUGGACCGUGGAAGAACAGAAAAAGCUAGAACAGCUCCUCCUGAAGUACCCCCCAGAGGAGGUGGAAUCUCGGCGCUGGCAGAAGAUAGCCGACGAGCUGGGCAACCGGACGGCCAAGCAGGUGGCCAGCCGGGUGCAGAAGUAUUUUAUCAAGCUGACCAAAGCCGGCAUUCCCGUUCCAGGCAGGACGCCCAACUUGUACAUGUACUCCAAAAAGUCUUCGACAAGCCGACGGCAGCACCCCCUUAACAAGCAUCUCUUCAAGCCUUCCACUUUCAUGACUUCCCACGAACCUCCAGUGUACAUGGAUGAGGGGGACGACGGGGCCAGUUUCCACAGCCACGCGGACCCUGCGGCAGAGGAGGCCUCGGACGAAGAAAGCAUUCCUGUGGCCCACCGCGAGUUCCCGGAGUACAAGGAGCUGCUGGAGCUCAAGAAGCUCAAGAAGCAGAAGCUGCAGCAGAUGCAGGCCGAGAGCGGCUUCGUACAGCACGCGGGCUUCAAGUGCGAUAACUGCGGCAUGGAGCCCAUUCAGGGCAUUCGGUGGCACUGCCAGGAUUGCCCCCAGGAAGUGUCCCUGGACUUCUGUGACUCUUGUUCUGACUGCCUCCACGAGACCGAACUCCACAAGGAGGACCACCAGCUGGAGCCUGUCUACCGAGCAGAGACUUUCUUAGACAGAGACUACUGCGUGUCGCAGGGCGCCAGCUACAGCUACCUGGACCCCAACUACUUCCCGGCCAACAGAUGACAUGGGGGACCCCCCGGGCCUCGCGCCCUUUCCACACCCAGCCACAGACACUCCUGCCGUGACCGCCCCCGAGGGGUCCUCGCACCCGCUGGCCGCGGGCAGCGGGCGGUCAUCCCCGGCGGGGGGGCCCCCUCCAGGGGAGCUGCUGGGACGCGCGUCGAGAAGCGAGGAGCCGGAGGGGCCUCCCGCCUCAGCUGCCCCCGCACUGAAGCACUCCCAGAGGCCCCGCGCGGCGGCGGCGACGGUGCCGCCUCCUGAACCAGCUCUCGGUGUGAGUGUGAUCCAGUCGUCCCUCAGAUCUAUUUUUGAUGUCCUGUUCUCUGAGCUGAUCAUGUGAUGUGUACAAACCAUGGUGAAAAGUGCCAGUGCUAGUGCCGGUGUCCGUGUCCACUCCUCCCGGCCCCCCGGCCGAGCUGCCCCUUUUGUAGUCGCCCCAGAGCCACGACAGAGUGUAUUUUUAUUACUAUUUAAACACGUGAUUAAACUUCGUCUGCGGCGCGGUGACCCUGGGUCACGGGCCUCCUUUUCUAUUGCUGGACUUGGUCGUUCUUCUGUGUAGACGUCUGUUCUUCAAUGAUGUCCAUUCGUCCCGAGAACUGUGAGGAAUAAACUCUGUGGAUCCUGUCUGUUUCUCUUA